AUGGCGGGUGGCGGCGGCGACGGUGGCGCGCGCACGAAUGGGCUGGCAGUCGCCCAAGGGCUGCCCGGUGACCGUGGCAAAGGGGCUCCCUGCGUCGUGCGAACCUGCGCCCGCCCCGCGUCGGGGGCCCCAAAGCUCUGCUGGGGCUUCCCACGCACGGGCGGGUUUUUUUCCACACCCCUAGCUGCAGCAUGGCGCGGCGGCCGGUUAAAAGUAAUGGAGGUAAAAAAAAAAAAAAAGAAGAAGAGCGCCUGCAGCGAUGGCGCUUUGCUGGUGGGGUUUCUUGCGGGCCGCGCGCCUGCCACGCCAAACGGCCCGCGGGGCGGUCGCAAAACCGUCGGAAUCGCCCCCCACCCCACCCCUCCCCCCGCCGAUGGAAUGGCGCGGGGGGUCUCGGCGCGCCGCGGCCGGGCCGGACAGGUUUUUAUCCGGCUGCAGCCCAGCAGUGGCCCCGCCCAGACCCCACAAAUAGCAAAUCCUAUUGGUAUGGAGCCUGCACCCCUUCAACGGUUGCCUCGUUACUGUUUUGUUUUCACCAAGAGUGCGGAGAUGCCCGGUGUUGUCGCGGCUGGGGUGCCUUCUUCCGCGCUGGGUGGUUGGGGCCGGUUGGGCGGCUUCUCUUUCCCGAGUGGGGAAGCAAGAACUUGCAUUUGCCUUUUUUUUUUUCUGAGAAAAAAAGCGAUCCUUCUGGGACCGGUCUCCUGCCGUUCAUCGAAACGCUCUCCGGGCGGAGCCAGCAACCGUCAUCAUCAGGAUUUGAAACUCGGUUUCUUUUCAAUUAAGAGGUUGUACUCAUAA